GGCUGCUCUGCGCCUGCUUGCGACCAGAGCGCAUGCGGAUCGCUGUGCGUUCCCUAGAGUAUUAGAUGCUUUCACUCAUCGACGGACACUGGCUGCGGUCGCUACAUGUGCACAUGUUCAAUCGCUCCAGUCGUCAGCGAAAGAAUGGAAACCUGGCAGCCGUCGAACUGGCCUCGUUGCGGUCAAGAGGGGAAUGAUGUCCCUCUGGGAUGAUCACGGAGUCAGGAUACCCGUCACAGUCCUUCAGGUGGAUCACUGUCAAGUUACGGCUACCAUCUCAAAGAGGAAAAAAGCGUCUUUGGAAUGGUAUCACGCGGUGCAAGUAGCAAGUUCAGACCGGACCGCUAAGACAACCAAAAAGGCUAUGCAGGGUCAUUUUGCUAAGGCGGGCGUGACGAACAAACAUGUAGUACGAGAAUUUGAGGUGACGGAAGAUGCAUUACUCGAGCCAGGCACAACUUUGUCUUCUGCACAUUUUGUACCGGGGCAGUUUGUCGAUUGCACUGGUACAUCGAUCGGCAAAGGUUUUCAAGGCACUAUGAAGAAAUGGGGAUUUGGGGGCUUGCGCGCUAGUCAUGGCGUGUCCAUAUCGCAUCGAUCUCAAGGUUCCACGGGACAGCAUCAGGAUCCGGGUCGUGUGUUCCCCGGCAAGAAGAUGGCGGGGCGAAUGGGAGGGGACCGCAUCACAACACAGAAUAUGUUUGUGGUCCGGAUCGAUACAACUUUGGACCUCAUAUAUGUCAAAGGAUGCGUACCUGGCCACGACGGUGGCUAUGUUUUGGUGAGAGAUGCGGUGAAGAAGAUGCAUUGCGAAGCGAUGGUGAAUGCGGCCAGGGGCCUCCAGGUCUUGCCUGUGGCAGGGUUGCCAUUCCCUGCAGGAACGGCGGAACUUGCGAAGUCCUUACCACCUAUUCUCAAUUCUCCCACACUAAGUAGAGAUCCUUUUUUAGCCAGAGACUAAAUGUGCGAUUAAUUCUAU